CCGGAAGCUUUACGACAAGUUUGUGACUCGAAGUUUCAUGUUUAGGAACUUUUCCAGACUGAAGUCCAGAAAAACACAGUUUGUCCUCCAGGCUGACUCUUCAAUCUGCUCUACACGAUGAAGGGGAAAGUGAAGCGGAAGGUGUUGACUUCAGGGAGGCUGACCGGAGCAGUCGGAGCAAACAAAGGGUCUGUAAACCCCAGAGUGGUCCACCCGGAGCCAGCAUACUCUCUGUACUCCACAGACUCAGAAAACCAGAUUUAUUUUCCCUUGAAUGUCCUUGUCCUGCCUCUCUGUCUCAACCUUUUCUUCAUGUCUUGUUGUUCUGCAUGUGUCUUGGAGGAUGCUGGUUCUUCUCUGGUUCUCUCAUCUCUUGUUGUUGUGAACUCCUGUCAGGUCUCCACUCUCCACCAGGGUCUGGACCGCUGCGCUGCUUUACUGAGCAAUCUGCUGCAGGCUGAGGGUGCAGGAAAAGCACCUGUCCCGAACAGGACUGUGAAGGCUGAAGGCAAACCUGCUGCACCUCCCACCUCGCGAGUGAAGAAAACCCUGAAGAAACUCCCCACACACACAGGUCAGCGUGGAGCCACGUCCAACACCAGAGCUCGUUCACACUCUGUCCCAGCAGCAGGAAGGAAGCUGCAGCCCCCCCACAGAGCGCCACCACCCCCACACAGAGUGCCACCGACCUCCCACUCUUCCCCACCACCACACACCUCCGUCCUGCUCGCCGUGCACCAGUCGUCCUCUGACCACAGAUGUUCUCCUGAGGCUCUGCCCACACCUCAGCUUCAUCAGGAAGAAGAGGAUGAUUUAGUUCCUGUGAGAGACUCAAGCAGCGUGACGUCGAAAGACAGCGGUACGAUAAGGGAUGACGUGACGACGAGGAACGGCGUGUUGAGGAACGACAGAACGGAGACGCUGCAGGACCUGCUGAGUGAGCUCAAAGCUCUGAUCACUGGACAUGGAAGUGUAGCUGAGAUGCUGCUCAGCCGUCUUGAGCUCAUCGUCUCUCCAAGCCUGCAGAGCAGCGACACGACAGGCCUGCUGGCACUGCAAAGUGAGAAUGCUCAGCUCCACAGGCGUUUGCGGACUCUGAACCAGCAGCUGCAGCAGCGGGAGAAAGCCCAGAGGCCUCACAGCCUGUGUGACCCUGAGGGGUGUUUUUUAACAGGACCGGGGCCGCAGGAGGACGACCUGGCAGAGCUACGACGAGCGCUGGCGGACGCUCAGAGCCGGCUGCAGGACAGGGAGGAGGAGAACGCCCGUCUGCAAGCAGACUUGGAGGAGGCCUGGAGGAGGCUGCAGGACGGAGAGCAGCAGAGGAGCCGGAUGGAGGAGGAGAUCAGGAACCUCAACAGGCUCCUGCAGAUUGGCUGCUCCUCCCCGGGUCCUGCCGUCAUUAACACUAUACACAGCAGGCAGGACCCUUCAGCGCCCCUUACUGACCGCAUCGCCCACUACCUGGAGUCUCUGAGUCUGUCGGAACCCGGGACCACAGCCGAGCCGUUCCCCCGGCCGGACGCCUCCUCUCGGACCCUGACCACACGCCCGAACCCACCCUGCAGUUCUUCUGAGCCGGAGCCACGAGGACCUCCCGACAGCGGCUCCACGUGGUCCGAGUCCAGCUUCAACACCAGGGACGAGGCGGCGUUCAGGGACGGGCUGGCAGCACUGGACGCCAGCAUAGCCAGCCUGCAGAGGAGCAUCCAGCUGGACCUGAGGAGGUGACGUCUCCUCCCAUCUCACUGCACUUGUUUUAAUGCAUUUCAAAUAAAGCUUUUUAUUCUACUGUU